AUGUGCAAGGUAUUUUCAACGACACUCUCAGGACCAGCACGGGCAUGGUUUAACAGUCUGGAGGCGGGAAGUAUCAGGAGCUUUGGAGAUUUAGCCAACGCCUUCGUCAGCCGGUUCAUAGCUGGAGUUCCAGCUGACAGGAAGACCAGUUAUUUGGAGACGGUCAGGCAGAGAAGGGACGAGUCGCUGAGGGAGUAUAUUGCCCGUUUUAAUACGGAGGCCCUACAGAUUCCCGAGUUGGAUGAAGGGAGAGCGGUGGAGGCCAUGCAGAAGGGGACGACCUCCGCUGAGUUUUUUGGCUUGUUGAGUAGAAAACCCCCCACCACGCUGGCAAAGCUGAUGAAGAGGGCGGAGAAAUAUAUAAGGCAAGAUGACUCCCUAAUGACGAGUAGAUUCGCCAAGGGGGCGGAAGACAGAGGAAAAGCCCCCGAAGAAAGGAGAUCGGAGAGGCAUGAGAAGAAGCAGGGCAAGAAACCUGAGCCCUACAAGCAGCCCUGGGACAGGAGAGACCAGAGACCUUUCCCUCCUCGGGUUCCAGAAUAA